AUGGGUUCACUACAAGAAACUACAUGGACCGGCACAGCCUACGUUCAAGGCAGAGCCUCAGCUAAACUCCUCGCAAGCAACCUCGAACUGAGCUUCUGGGGAGGCGUCGACCCUCAGACAAGCGAAGUUAUAGACCGCCAUCAUACACUAAGCGGGAAACAUCUCCAAAACACUAUCCUCGCUAUACCGGGAGGUCGAGGAUCAUGCACUGGAAGUGGAAUUAUGCUUGAGCUUCUUCUCAAUGGAAAAGCCCCUGAAGCAAUCAUAUUUGAAAGACGAGAAGACAUUCUUACUCUUGGUGUUAUGAUUGCUGAAGAAGUCUUUCAGCAGUCUAUUCCAGUGCUGGUGCUGAAGAAGGAAGAUUUCCGACAACUCCUCAAGCUAGAUGGACAAAUAAUUUAUGUGGACUAUGGCCAUAUUUCCACCGCCCCUAUCCUUUCAAAACACACAGACUCAGCCAGAGACCCCGAAAGUGGUCUCAUUCUCGAGACUGCACCCGCCCGCGAAGGUAUAAAGCUCUCGACCCUCGAUCAAGAACUUUUCAGGGGAGACUACGGCGAAGCAUCCCGCGUAGCAUUCCGCAUAGUCCUCCGCAUGGCUCAUCUACUCGGUGCUACACGUCUCAUGGACAUAACCCAAGUUCACGUCGACGGCUGUGUCUACACAGGUCCUGCAACACUCGCGCUCGCAGAAAGACUUCGUGACUGGGGUGGUAAAGUGCGCGUCCCAACAACACUCAACUCCAUCUCUGUCGAUCAAAAACGAUGGCGAGCUUUGGGAGUUGACACUGCUUUUGGAGAAGCGGCUGAUGCGCUGGGAAAGGCGUAUGUUGACAUGGGAGCGAAGCCAACUUAUACUUGCGCACCAUAUCAGCUUGAGAGUGCACCCAAAUUGGGUGAGCAGGUUGCUUGGGCGGAGAGCAAUGCUGUUGUCUAUUCGAAUAGUGUCUUGGGAGCCAGAACGAUGAAGUAUCCCGAUUUUCUCGAUAUAUCUAUUGCUUUGACGGGGAGGGCACCAAAAGGAGGGCCUCAUAUAUAUGCCAAUCGACUGGCUUCUGUCCGCGUCAAUGUUAGCGGGAUAGAGAAUAUCACGGACCUUGACGACUCGUUUCCUCCUCUCCUAGGCUACUAUGUUGGAACUCUAUCAACGAGUCGAAUUCCUGUACUGACAGGUCUUGAAUCAUACGGUCUAUCUACAGACGACUUGAAAGCCUUUGGCGCUGCUUUCGCAACUGUCUCAAGCGCUCCAAUGUUUCACAUUGUUGGCGUCACACCAGAAGCAACCACGCUCGAGGCUGUCGUUGCCUCUGAGCUCACCACUUUCGAAGUGAAGCCCAGUGAUCUAGUCAAUAGCUGGGAUAAACUCAACAGCGCACCAAUAAACCAGCCUCUCGAUCUAGUAUCUCUCGGUAACCCACACUUUUCGCUCCCCGAGAUGCGAAAGCUUGCAGAGUUAUGUCAAGGGCGGAGAAAAGCAGCGAAUGUUGCUGUUGUGGUUACUUGUGGACGAUCUAUAUACAAAUUAGCAGAGCAAGCAGGCUAUAUAAGCAAGCUUGAGGAGUUUGGAGUACAGGUUUUGACGGACACAUGCUGGUGCAUGAUUACAGAGCCUGUUAUACCACGGACAGCAAAGACCAUUAUGACGAAUUCGAGCAAGUAUGCUCAUUAUGGCCCAGGACUUACAGGGAAAGUAAUGUAUUUUGGGAGUUUGGCUGCGUGUGUUGAGGCUGCUUGUCAGGGGAGGUAUGAUGCUGGGAGACCGCGAUGGCUUCAACCUGAACCAGAUACACGACUUUAAACAAACUUUUGAUCAUUGUUCAUUAGAUUAUUUGAUGGUGGUCAAAGAUGCAGUUCUGUAACAUAGACCGACUGUUAUCUCUCCCUUGUCUUAGUGCGU